UUUUGUAGUUGCACCUUCGUUUAAAAUGGAAUAGUGAAUACAUUCAAUUCUGUUUGAGUAAAAAAUAACCCUUUCAGGAUUUUAUGUCUGUACUCACUGCGUUAAUCAGAAUGCUAAACGAAGAAUGUGUUUAAAAAAAAUGAAAGAAUUGAAUUCAAUUUUCAGUCGGAUGUCAAGUGUGUAGUUAGUAGUGCUGGCACGAUACUCGAUAGGCCAUAUCGGAUCGGUGACUCGUAAUCGUAUCGUAUCGUGACGUGACCUUUGUAUCGCGAUACGUAUCGUAUCGUGGCAUGAUUGACGAUACCCAGGAAUAGUUUAAAGUUCUGGUUAAGGAACAGGGGAAAUGAUUGAAAACAGUGUUAAUUAUUAUGCAGGUGUAUAGACAGACUCACAGAUUUUUUUUUACAUUUAAAGAUGGUUUGAUGUUAUAACUUCUCAGAAAGAAGAUUUUCAUAAUGGAAGACACACCAUGGGAUAUUGAUCCUGAUACAUUAAAUGAAGAAGAUUAUGAACUUCUUGAAAGAUAUUUACAAGGAGAAUACAGUCCUGAGUUAGCCGAAUUAUUGGAAUCCUAUCACAGAGAUAAUCAAAUGGAAUAUGAACGAAUACCUUUUCUCGAUCUUUAUACUGAAUGUAUGAUUCCAACAGCAACACAAGCUUUCACUCAUGUUAUCCCACUUUUUAUAUUAUGCUUACUUUUUAAAAUCCUAUGUGCAGUUUUUACUUCAGUGAAUAGAGAAAAUGUUUCACCCACACAGUUCUUAAAUUUAUCAAGUUCUUUAUGUGGCAUUAUUAUUUUAUGGAGAUUUUUUGAUAGUGGAAUUAUUUAUUUAUUAGUUUGUUGCACUGCUACUUACAUCAUAAUCAAAAUAACAUUAUCAUAUUAUCAAGAAUUUGUUGGUAUAUUUGUUUCUAUUUUUAUUGUUACCUAUAUUCUUGUGUGUGAACUAAUUCUGGUUGAUAGUAAAGUAUGGCAUAGUAUGAGAGGUGCACAGAUGAUACUGUCUAUGAAAUUGAUAUCUGUUAGUUUUGAUUUAUCAUCUAAUCAGAUAUCAUAUUUACCUGGUUUACUGGAGUUUUAUGGAUAUUGUUUACAUGUUGGUUCUGUUAUAUUUGGUCCCUGGUUUAGCUUUCAAGAUUAUAUUACUGUUAUACAACAACCACUGCCUUUGAGUUUUCGAUGGAUAUUAAAAGUGUUAUUUAGCUGUAUAUUAGCUGUUAUGUGUUUGAUAUUUUCUACAUGUCUAUCAUCAUGGAUUAUUAUACAAGGUUCUUACAUGUGGAUAUUAGCUUAUCGUGAUGCCCAGUCUUUCAGAUUUAGUCAUUAUUUUGUAUGUUUUCUAUCAGAAGCUUCCCAUGUCUUAUCUGGUUUUGGUUCUACUAAGUUUAUUGAUGACAUACAGUGGAAUUACCAUGUUGCUAAACCACAUAGAAUAGAAUUACCACAUUCAUUAGUAGAGGUAGUCACCAACUGGAAUUUACCUAUGCAUCACUGGCUGAAAACUUAUGUGUUUAAAACAGCCAGACCUUUAGGGAAUUUUACAGCAGUCUUGUUAACAUAUGGUGCUAGUUCCUUGCUUCAUGGCUUGAAUUUUCAACUUGCUUCUGUACUUUUAUCAUUAGGUUUCUAUUCUUAUAUAGAAUUUGGGCUACGCCAGAAAUUAGCAUCAAGUUUUGAUGCAUGUAUAUUAGCAAAAAGAUGUAAAGAAAAAUGUGAUCAUAAGUAUAAAAAUAGGAAUCCCUUUGUAAUCUGGACCAACAUGUUCUUUAUGUUCUUGUCUGUAUUUCAUUUGGCCUAUCUUGGUUUGAUGUUUGAUAAUAGUUCAGAAGAAGAAACGGGUUACACCAUGUCUCAUACUUUAAAUAAAUGGUCAGAGUUGAGUUAUGCAAGUCACUGGGUAGCUUUUGGAACUUUUCUGUUCAAUAUUGUUAUUUGAUUGUGGAUUAAAUUAUUCUAUUAAAUUGGUUUUCAUGCACAUGAAAUAAAAGAGCAUCAUCAAAGUGAAUAUUAACUGAUGUUGUUGGAGGCAUUUAUGUACUUAAUUUCUGUUCAUUUAAUGUGUACACAUAAUCAUAAAAUCUUCCAUCCAAUGAAGAAAUUGUUUAAAAUGAUGUCUGUAGAUCCUUAAUUUUUCUGCGGAAUUGCAAGAAAUUUAUCCAACUAUAUUAUGAAGUAGUCCAACAAAUCAUAUACAAUUAUGGAUUUUGAAUAUUGGAAUAAUAACUUCAUUAUUCUUAAUUAAAAAUUCAUUUCCUGUACUUGCUGUUUUGUUUUUUUUAAGACUCAGAUAUUGUAAAAAACGAAUAAAUAUUUUUUUACUUUG